AUGAAUAAAAAUAUUGCGUUGAAUAAGCCAGCACGGCAGGAAUAUCCUUUCAACAAUGAGUGGGUAGCGGGUCUUGCUGUUGACGGACGGGAAUCGGAUCUUGAUGCUAAUGGCGGACAGUGUACAAUAUCAGAUAAUGGAAAAUCAACAGCAAUGUGGCGGGUUGAUCUGGAAAGAGUAAACAGCAUACACCACAUCUUUAUACAGUUCAGAACGGCUAACGUUCCCUGGGACGUGAAUAACAUAUACACGGGGAGAUUCAUGGGAUACUCUGUCUACAUAUCAAACACGACCAAUAAAGACAAUGGAGUACUGUGUUUUAAGGAUACCAAUUAUACCAGAGCCACAAUACCCAACCCUACAAACAUAACGUGUAUCACACACGGGAGAUACGUCAUUUACUACAACAACAGAACUCAUCCUCCGUAUCCUUCUGGGUAUUCUGAACAUGCAUUUAACUGUCUUUGUGAAGUAGAAGUUUACGGAUGCCCGACCCCGGGAUUUUAUGGAAAGGAUUGUUCCUUAUCUUGUCCUCGGAACUGUCAAGAAAGUCGUUGUAACAUUGUAAAUGGAACGUGUCUGAGUUGUGUUGAUGGAUACAGAGGUCCAAUUUGUAAUGAACAAUGCAGCGGCAAAAUGUAUGGCCUGGAAUGUAAGCAGAUUUGUGGAAACUGUAUAAACAAAGAACAGUGUCAUCAUGUGAACGGAAGUUGUCUGAAUGCUUGUGACAACGGAUUUUAUGGCACCAGAUGUGACUUAGCAUGUCCUGAAGGUCGUUAUGGUUUAAACUGCCAGGAACAGUGUAACGUCAACUGUGGAGUUUCAUACAGAUGUGACAGGGUGACAGGGCAGUGUGAAGGAGGAUGCCAAGUGGGAUGGAAAGGCACCCCCUGCGAUACAGAAUGCAAUGAAGAAAAAUUUGGAAGGAACUGCAAAUAUUCGUGUGGCAACUGUCUAGACAAAGAACAGUGUCAUUAUAUAAAUGGUACUUGUCUUAACGGAUGUGAUAGUGGUUACUAUGGAAAGAAAUGUAAUGAAGUUUGUAAUAACAAUACCUAUGGACCAAGAUGUUCUUCAAAGUGUGGGAAUUGUCUCUACUUGUAUGGAGAACAAUGUGAUCACGUGACUGGUCAAUGUCCACGUGGAUGUGACGUUGGUUACCAUGGCGAUCAUUGUGACCAAGUGCUUCAGUUGCAAACUACUUCUGAAACUACGGAGUUAACAAAACACUCAUUUACUCCAUUAUAUGUCUGUAUUGCUGUCAUUAUCUUAAGUGGGCUGCUAAAUGUGAUUCUAAUAGUCAGACUACUUAGAAUCAGUGUGUGUAGACGGCAAAAGGACCAGGAAAAUAUAACUAGACAUAACGAAGGAAUCACCAAUGAAUCAAAACACCUGAAACAUUCUCCUAAAUCCGGGAACAAGCAAGGAGAAGACAAUUCUGCUUAUUAUGAACUAGGAGACUUCUCACAAGCAUCUCAAUACGAUAAACUUCCUUGAUCAAAUAAUACAAACCAAAGCAGUCGAUGUAAAGUUUUGUUUUUUGAAUAGUAUACGCAUAUUGAUUUUGUAAAUAUAAGAGAAUAAAAACGUCAUAGAUCAAAUAAUUGU